GUCAAAAACGUCAAAAUUGACCAUAACCUUAAAAAUAAUGUCGCAAUUAUAAACAAAAAGCGAAAAUGGUUUGCAAAGACACGUUAAAGAUAAAAAACCUGCCGAAGGAGCUGUCGGACGCGCAAAAGGAGGACUUCGUGAAGCACUUCGGCGCGACCAAAGUGAAAGUCCUCACGUCGCGGGCCAAGGAAAAGUCGACCGUGUACGGCAAGUUCGACAGCGAAGACCUCGCCAAAAACGUGAUGCUCAGGCUCCACCAAAUCACCGUGCUCAACUGCAGGCUCAGCGUCGAAUACGCCGAGAACGACAUCGUGCAGGGCAAGCCCAAGCAGAAGAAGAUCGAAGACUCUGACAUCAGCAGCAAGAAGUCGUUCAAAACCUUCGUGAACAAACUGACGUCGUUCAACGACAACGUGGGGUUCCACCAGCCGCCGCCCUCGCAUUUGAAGUACCUUUACCCUAAAGCCAAUCGGGCCACCAUCAACAACAUAGCUCACGCCCUGCUCACUAUACCGAGGUUCUACACACAGGUGUUGCAUUUGAUGAACAGGAUGAACUUACCGCCCCCGUUUGCAGUCGAACAGCCUCCCGUGAGGACUAUCAAUCCAGCGCAACACCCUGUAGUAGAAGCGUCCGCUGCGAAGCCCCCCGAAGGCAAUUCCCCCAAAAGCUCCUCCGAAUCGGAGCUAGAAAGCGACACCGAAGAUACGUUUAGGAAUAAAGAAUACGCGCCGAUGAAGAGGAAAAGCACUCAAAAAAAAGCCAUCAAGAGGCCCAAGUUUAUCAAAUUGCCUGUAGUGCAACCAACGGGUGUUAGCAAACCAAUAGAAAACGUAUUCGAAAAGGUGGAAGUACAAGUGCAAAAGAAAAUAGAGCUGAAAGUUCCGGCGGAUUGCGCCAGCCGGAAGCCUCAAUCUCCGGAACAAGAACAAACCGGUGGUGUGGAAACCGUUUCGAAUCCCACCACCGAAGCGGAGCACAAACCGGACGGUACUUGCAUCACGUCUGAGGAACUAGCGGGCAAUCGUAUACCCCACAAAGACCUGGGGGUGUUGCCGGUGUUCAAAAACUACCACCCGGGCGCUCCCACCUGCAGGCUUUACAUCAAAAACUGCGCCAAAUCGGUGGUGCUGAAGGACCUGGAAUAUAUUUACAAUAGGUACAAAAUAACGGAGGGCGAUGCACCGAGUCAGUUCGAUAUCAGGUUGAUGCAAGAGGGUAGAAUGAAAGGACAGGCUUUCGUGACUUUGGAUAGCGUCCAGUUGGCUCAGAAAGCCGUGAAGGAGACCAACGGGUACAUAUUGAAGGAGAAACCGUUGGUGGUGGUUUUUGCCAGAUCGGCGGUUCAGAAAAAAUAAUUGUUGAUUAAUCAACGAUUUUCUCUAGAGAUAAGUAAUUGUUUAUGGUUGUAAAUUUUGUAAGAAUAUAAUCGACUGACUGAUAAUGUAAAUUAAUAAAAGAACGUUUAAUGUAAAUGUGCGGUUUACUACUAUUGAAGUAUUUUAAUAUUUGGUUUAUUUGCGAUCUCACUAGGUUUUUUUGUUGUUUUUUAAUAACAAAUCAAUUACAAAUUACAAAAAAUAUACAAAGUUGUUAUUUUACAUAAAAUUCACAGGAAUGUCUAACUGUAGACGUUUUUUUUGCAUCUUAAAAACUAUCUUUAAAAUCUCUUGCGCUUUUCACCUAUUGUAAAUCAUACAUUAUCAGGAAAACGAACCGUUAAAAAAUUAUGUACACAAACAAAAAAAUUCGCCUAUACUAAAACAAAAAAAGCUAAUAAUACUCGAACAUUUUUACGCUUAUCAUCGACAAAACUAAGAGA